AACUGCUGGAGAGCCUCAGCACAGGGCACUUGGCACAUCUGCCCUUACUGAUCUGUGGCUUAGUACAAAAUGAACCACACUUGGACACACAACCUGAGCUUUGGUACACCUACAGAUCCUGUUGAGCCAAGGGCCGGACUCUCACGACAUGGGCACACAGUAGUUGCUGUUUUUCUUGGAUUUAUCUUGUUUUUUGGUUUCAUUAAUAACUUGAUUGUCCUCAUCCUCUUCUGCAAGUUUAAAGCCCUACGUAACCCAGUCAACAUGCUUCUCCUCAACAUCAGCAUCAGUGACAUGUUAGUGUGUGUCUCAGGCACUACCCUCAGUUUUGCAUCUAACAUUCAUGGCAAAUGGAUUGGAGGGGAGCAUGGUUGUAGAUGGUAUGGUUUUGUCAAUUCCUGCUUUGGCAUUGUGUCCCUGAUCUCCCUGGCUGUCCUGUCCUAUGAACGCUACAGCACCCUCACCCUGUGCAACAAGCGCAGCGCUGACUACCGGAAGGCGUUGCUGGCAGUCAGCGGUUCAUGGAUUUAUUCCCUGAUCUGGACUGUGCCACCUCUGAUUGGCUGGAGCAGUUAUGGGAUAGAAGGUGCUGGUACCAGCUGCUCAGUACGCUGGUCCUCAGAGUCAGCCGAAUCCACCUCCUAUAUCAUCUGUCUCUUCAUAUUCUGCUUGGUCAUCCCCGUGAUGGUCAUGAUAUACUGCUACGGUCGCCUCCUUUACGCUGUUAAGCAGGUUGGAAAAAUCCAUAAGAACGCAGCCCGCAGAAGAGAAUACCAUGUACUCUUCAUGGUGAUCACUACGGUUAUCUGUUACCUCGUGUGCUGGAUUCCCUAUGGGGUUAUAGCCUUACUGGUAACAUUUGGCAAGCCAGGUGUGGUGACUCCAGUUGCAAGUGUCAUACCUUCCAUCCUAGCAAAAAGCAGCACUGUUUGCAAUCCCAUUAUCUACAUACUUAUGAAUAAGCAGUUUUACAAAUGCUUUCGCCAGCUUUUCCACUGCCAGACUCCUUCAUCUACUGAUGGAGAGCCCACCUGCCACUCCAAGGUAACUGUUAUCCAGCUGAACCAGAGGAUGGAUGUUGGAAUCCUGUGUAAUAACAAGCCAACUCCAGAAACAGAUGGCAAACUGACUUCUCUCCUGCACCCACAGCCAAGCCUGGAGCCAGUUUCAAAAGCUGCACCACCUGUGUCUUAGAAAAAUGGGCUCUGAUGGAAAGUACAAAGCCUUAACCAGAGUGGGUUUCAGUUUACUGAGGCAUUACCCACCUAACCUUA